AUUUUCUAUUGGUUUGCGGUAUUCACCGUAUGUAUCCGUAUCUCUCUUUCUUUCUUGCCAUCAAAAUUCAUUCAAGACCGCCAUGUGAGAGCUCGAAAACAAAGGAAGGACCAAACUAAAUUAAAUUUGCAGUAGUUCAUGGUUAGCAAGCUAUGGUGGGCAGACGAAAGCCUCUGCUACUUGCUUCAACCAAAACUCUAAUCAAUUCCGUGCUCAGUUCGUCGGAAGUCGUCGUUGAUAGGCAACCAAUCUCUACCAAUGUUUUGCACUUGCCGGCCGGAAUUCUCCGACUCUCCGAGGACAUAACGGACAUUUCCGACCACCCACGGUUGGCUUCCCUUGACAACUCUGCUUUAGUCGCCGUCUCCACUUCUGUCCUCAAAAGACUUUCCAUAACUUCCGGUUCCUCGGUGCUUGUAAAGAAUGCUGAGACGGGCAUACAGAGAAUUGCCCGGGCCGUGGUUCUAGAUCCUCCAGAAACCUAUGAAGGAUCAAAUAACAGACUAUCCCAAUGUUGUCAAUCGCAUUCAUCCACUGUUAUGCUUAUUUUACCGUCAUGUACUUUUCCAGAAAGUGAUCAAAAGUCUUUGGACCGAGAAGUUGCCUACAUAUCGCCUAUGUUAGCAUUUAACCUUGACCUGCACAUGUCAUGUUUGAAAUCGCUGGUCCACAGAGGAGAAGAGGCUUUAGCAUCAUAUUUCAAGGAGAAAGUGGAUGAUGGGAUUUGUGGGAAAGGUACCGAGUCUUCUGCAAUUGGUCUACAGUUGGAACCUCUUGGUCUAUUGCCAAGAUAUGCUUCGCACUUGAGGAUUUCUUUUGUGAAGAUUCCAGAAUGUGGUACUCUUGAAUCUCUUAAAGGAAGGUCGCCUGUUGAAGAUGAAGAUCGUCAAGAAUUAAUUGAUUUGGCAUUGCAAAAAUACUUUGAAGUGGAUAGAUAUUUAGCCAGAGGUGAUGUUUUCAGUGUCUGUAUAAAUUGGAAUUGCUAUUCGAGCAUCUGUAUUCCAUGUAGCCGAAGUAUCCAGGAUAGAAGUGAUGGCAUUAUCUAUUUCAAGGUUGUGGCUAUGGAACCCUCAGAUGAACCAGUUCUGCGAGUCAAUCGCACUCAAACUGCCCUUGUGCUUGGAGGGAGUGUCCCUUCCGCUCUUCCCCCAGAUUUGUUGAUGACUAGACCUAAAGGUUUUGCACCUUUGCAAAGUGAAACUGUGAAUAUUUUGGCCUCCAUACUUACACCAGCUCUCUGCCCAUCUGCACUUUCUUCAAAAUUCAGAGUUUCUGUUCUAUUGUUUGGUUUGGCAGGCUGUGGAAAAAGGACUGUUGUUAGAUACGUUGCUCGGCGGUUGGGUCUGCAUGUGGUUGAAUAUAGCUGCCACAGUCUAAUGUCAUCGUCUGAUAGAAAGACAUCUGUUACACUAGCUCAAGCUUUCAAUACAGCUCAAAGAUACUCACCCACAAUACUUCUUCUCCGCCAUUUCCAUGUUUUUCGGAAGUUGAUGUCUCAUGAAGGUUCACCAAGUGAUCAAAUUGGCAUUACUUCUGAAGUUGCAUCAGUCAUCCGAGAAUUCACCGAGCCAACUUCUGAAGAUGGGGACAUAUAUUAUGAAGGAAAAUCAAAUGGUGAUUUUAAUCGGAGUGAAGGUAGAAGGAUAGGUAGGCAUCAGGUGCUGUUGGUUGCAGCUGCUGAUGAAUCUGAAGGUCUACCACCAACUAUUAGGCGUUGCUUUAGCCAUGAAAUAAGUAUGGGUUCCUUGACUGAAGAACAAAGGUCUAGAAUGUUGUCGCAGUCACUCCAAAGUGUUUCUGAACUCCUUAAUAUUGAUUCAGAGGAUUUUAUAAAGGAUAUGGUAGGACAGACAUCUGGUUUUAUGCCUAGAGAUAUUCAAGCUUUGAUAGCUGAUGCCGGUGCAAGUUUGUUGCAUAGUGGCAAUUUUCCUAUUGGCUCAGUUGAAUCUGGGGAUUUAAAUCCAUCUCUAAGAUUUCAACCUGAACGGGGCAGCAAGUCCAGUGAAGUUGCACCUCAGGCUUCAGGGAAAGAAAUUUUGACAAAAGCAUUGGAGAGAUCGAAGAAAAGGAAUGCAUCAGCAUUGGGUACUCCAAAGGUCCCAAAUGUGAAAUGGGAAGAUGUUGGUGGGCUUGAGGAUGUGAAGAAAUCAAUUCUUGAUACAGUUCAGUUACCUCUUCUGCAUAAGGAUUUAUUUUCUUCCGGUUUACGUAAGCGCUCUGGUGUUCUUCUCUAUGGGCCACCUGGAACAGGGAAAACUUUAUUGGCAAAAGCUGUUGCAACUGAGUGUUCCCUGAACUUUCUCAGUGUCAAGGGACCUGAGCUAAUCAACAUGUAUAUUGGAGAGUCAGAGAAAAAUGUUAGAGAUAUUUUCCAGAAGGCUAGAUCAGCACGCCCAUGUGUCAUCUUCUUUGAUGAACUUGAUUCUCUUGCUCCAGCUCGCGGUGCAUCAGGGGAUUCUGGAGGUGUCAUGGACAGAGUAGUUUCACAAAUGCUUGCAGAGAUUGAUGGCUUAAAUGAUUCGACACAGGACCUGUUUAUAAUUGGAGCAAGUAACAGACCAGAUCUGAUUGACCCUGCACUGCUCCGGCCUGGCCGAUUGGAUAAGCUGCUAUAUGUUGGAGUGAACUCUGAUGCAACUUAUAGAGAGCGGGUUCUCAAAGCGCUUACUCGAAAGUUUAAACUGCACAAAGAUGUAUCUCUUUACUCGAUAGCAAAGAAAUGCCCCCCAAACUUCACUGGUGCAGAUAUGUAUGCCUUAUGUGCAGAUGCUUGGUUUAAUGCAGCAAAACGCAAGGUUUCAAGUUCAGAGUCAGAUUCUUCUUGCAUAGAUAAUCAAGCUGAUACUGUCGUCAUUGAAUAUGAUGACUUUGUGAAGUACAUGGGAGAGAUUCCGGAGGACGAGCCUAUAACAUGCCAUCACACACGUUCCAAGGGUUUCAGGGUUCCAAACCGAAUGGGUAUGCGAGAUGCUAGGGUUCCAAAGUCCAGGGCCGAUAGUGGUGUUCUAGGGUCCUCGCAUCCUGGGUCGUGUCCUAGGUUUGUACGGGCAUUUGGGGGUUGCAGGUGAUACAGGGUCCUUAGCCCAUCUAGGCGAUUCAGGAUGUCAAACAUGUCUGGGCCUUUUUUGGGGUCUUGGGCUUGUCCGAGUGAUCCAAGGCCUCGGUACCAUUUGGGGUCCUGGGCCUUUCGAAUGUUAUAAUGAUAAUUAUAUAAAUACCCAUUAAAUUUCAAGAAAUUCACAAAACUCCUGCAGACCAUUAAAUCGACCUAAUUCCAACUCUAAAUCAACAACAUUGAACUAUAAAUCACUAAAUCCUAGCAUUAACUCAUUGAUGGAAGUACAUAAUUGAAAUAAUGCAAACUUGAAAUGAAGGAGAAAAACUUGUAUCUUUCGAAAUUAAGACGUUUCGAUGAUGGCUUGAGGGAAAAAUUGUUUGAUGACAAUAAAGGCCUGUACUCUGCAAAUACGGUGCGGUCGACGCCUGUAGCUUGGUAGGAAUGCUUGUGUUUGUAAUUGUUUCAACGGCAGUGACAAUGGCAAACAACAUAAAUUAUUGAUUUGGCGGUGGAUUUUGUUUUCUUUAGUUUGGAGGAUAAUGAUGGAGGGUAGAAUUAACUUUUUCUUUUUCCAUUUUUAUUUUUAUUUUUAUUUUUUUCCCAGAGAAGAAAGAUGGAUU